GGCUGCGUGUAGUCGCAGGCCGCGAGAACAAAAAGCGCGUUGCGUUUAAAAGCGCGAUCGUGAUCAACAAUUCACAAUUAAAAUCUUAGCCGACUCGAUUUUCACCUCGUCGGCGGCGACCUCAGAUUAAAGCUUGUUUUUUUUUCCUCGCCCUCGAAUUGUUGUGUGUAUUUUUGUGACUUUUAUUUAUAUCGUAGUUAAUUUUUAGUCGCUUGGUUUUUUUCCUUACUUCUUGCUGCUGCGGUAUAGCCCCAUUUGGCUGUAUUGUGAAGUGCUGCUGCUGGCUGCUGGUGGUGGUGUUGGGAGUGAUGACGGUGCGCGGUGUUGUGUGAGGCCGGGCGGUUGCUGGCCGCGCCCGUCAUCAUCAUCCUCAGCAUCUUCAUCAUCCUCUUCAUCAUCCUCUUCAAUCAUUUAGCGUCGCCGUCGUCCGUAGACUCCAUUGGCUCCCAGUGCCACUGUCGCCUCGUGCCGCCCAUUGCUGUGCCUGGAUACACGAGGACCGACUGCGAUGGACAUCGACAUGGACUACGAGCGUCCCAACGUGGAGACGAUAAAGUGCGUCGUCGUUGGGGACAAUGCGGUCGGGAAGACACGCCUCAUCUGUGCGCGGGCCUGCAACGCGACGCUUACGCAGUACCAGCUGCUGGCCACCCAUGUGCCCACCGUCUGGGCCAUCGAUCAAUACCGCGUGUGCCAGGAGGUGUUGGAGCGCUCGCGGGAUGUGGUGGACGAGGUGAGCGUCUCUCUGCGCCUCUGGGACACGUUUGGAGACCACCACAAGGACCGGCGUUUCGCCUACAGCAGGUCGGACGUCGUGGUCCUGUGCUUUUCCAUCGCGAACCCCAACUCCCUGCGCCACGUCAAGAGCAUGUGGUACCACGAGAUCAAGCACUUCUGCCCGCGUGCCCCCGUCAUCUUGGUCGGCUGCCAGCUUGACCUGAGAUACGCCGAUCUGGACGCGGUGAACCGGGCGCGCCGACCGCUGGCAAAGCCCAUCAAAACGGGCGACAUCCAGCCGCCCGAGAAGGGUCGCGAGGUGGCCAAGGAGCUGGGUAUCCCGUACUACGAGACGAGCGUAGUGGCGCAGUUCGGCGUCAAGGACGUGUUCGACAACGCCAUCCGUGCGGCGCUCAUCGCGCGCCGCCACCUGCAGUUCUGGAAGUCGCACCUGAAGAAGGUGCAACGGCCGCUGCUGCAGGCGCCCUGCCUGCCGCCCAAGCCGCCGCCGCCGCUCGUGUGCGUGCCCGAGGCGCCGGGCUGCUACUGCCCCGCCGACGGGCCCUCCUACGCCGAUGCGGGGCCCGCCGGCCUCCUGGCCAGCCCGCUUUGCGCGGACGUUGUCUUUGCGCUGGGCGGCGCCGAGAAGAUCUAUGCGCACAAGGUGUACCUUGCCACCUCCUCGCCAAAGUUUUGCGACCUCUUCACCAUGGAUUGGGAUCAAAUGGACGAGCCUGCGUCCUCGGGUGAUCCCAUUGGUGGAGAGGGCGUGGCUUGGGAUGUUGCAGGUUGCGACCCCCGGAGAUUAGAGAUCGGCGGCACCCAACGGAAGAAGGAGCUGGUGAAGCGUGCCAUUAGCUUGGACAUCGACGAGGAUGUCACCCAGGAUGGCCACAGGCUGUGCGUCGCCGGGCGAGCGCGGGCCACCCUGCGCACGUCGAAAAGCGACGGCACGCUGAAGCUAAGCGGCUCGGCGGCAGGCCUGGGCGGGGGUCACGCGGCGCGCGACGGCGAAGGCGGCGCGCCGUUCCUGGCAGGGGGCGGCGACGGCUGCGACCUGGCCGGCGGUCGCUCCCUGGCGGAGUGGGGCCGAGGCUUCCUCAGCGUCCACGUGCAGCUCAUGGACGACCCCCAGCACGUCGUGCCCGCACGGCCCAUGACGGUGGUGACCCUCGACCCGUUGCUGGUGCAGCCGGGUCCCUUCCUCGCCGUGCUCCGCUACCUCUACACCGGCCGGCUCGAUGUUCCCGAGAGCGGCGGGCUGGGAUUCUGUGGAUUUGGCAGUGGCGGCAGCGGCAGCGGCGGCGUUUGUGGCGGCGGCGGCAGCUGCGGUGGUGGCGGAGGAGGAGGAGGCGGUGGCGCAACGGUCGUGGGCACGAGGCGUGGAGACAACCUGCUGCAGAUCGCCACCAUCGCCGAGCUGCUGGAGGUGUUCGACCUGCGCAUGAUGGUAGCCAACCUGCUCAACGAUGAGGGCUUCAUGAACCAGGAGAUCACCAAGGCCUUCCACCUGCGCCGCUCGAACCGCGUCAAGGAGUGCCUCGCCAAAGGAACCUUCUCGGAUGUGGCGUUCCGUUCGGAUGACGGGGAGGUGUCGGCCCACCGUCCCCUCCUCAUCUGCAGCUGCGACUGGAUGGCGGCGAUGUUUGGCGGCGCGUUUGUCGAGAGCUUCAGCCCCAUGGUGGUCUUCCCGGGGACGAGCCGGGCGUGCAUGAAGGUGGUGCUCGAGUUCCUCUACACAAACCAGAUCUCGCCACCGGCCGACCUCAACCCCAUGGAGCUCAUCGCUCUGGCAAACCGCCUCUGUCUGCCCCGCCUCAUCAGCCUUACAGAGCAGCACGCGGUUCAGCGGCUGACGGAGAACCUGCAGAGAGGUGUGGACAUCGACGAGGAGGCGAUAUGCUAUCUUGAGCAAGCGCAGUUUCACAACGCCAAGCAGCUGGCUGCGUGGUGCCAGCACCACAUCUGUACCAACUACAACAGCGUGUGUCGCAAGUUCCCCAAGGAGAUGCGGGCCAUGGCAGCAGAGAACCAGGCGUACUUUGCGCGGCACCGCUGGCCGCCCGUGUGGUACCUGAAGGAGGACGACCACCACCAGCGGGCACGCAAGGAGCGCGACCGCGAGGAGCAGCUGCUGGCCAAGCCUGCGAGCGCGCGCCGGCGCUGGUGCUUCUGGAGCUCUCCGACGGCGCCGCUCUCUACCUCCUCCUCCUCCACCGUGCUGUGAGAGGUUCGCCAGCGCCACCGCCGACUUCGCCGUCGCCGCUCUCCCUCCCCCGGGCCAGCGAUAAAUAAGCAAACAAGGCAGCGGCGCGCCGCGGUCAACGGUGUCGAUGGUUUCGGCGUUCUGACAGCCGUCGCGCUGUUGCAACGGCGGCGCGCAAUUGGAUCUCGCUACUGGGUGCGAUUAGCGGCCAGUAGGCUGAUGGCGUGGCGCGAUCAACCCGUUUAGAGUAUGCCGCAGUACUGACCAGCGUGGUAAAGUGUGGCCAACAAAACUCCCCACGGCCCGCACGACAUGGGGAGGCCCUCAUCCAGCAGUGGAUUAACAAAGGGCUGCACACGUGCAUGGGGCACCGAACCCCCGUGUCCCUUUGUACCGAGGUUCUGAUUGUAAUCCUUUGGCAAGGUUCACGAUAGGAGAGGUUAAUGUGACCUUCCGGCGAGCGUAGUUGCGUUGACGCUGCUCCCAUUUAGAUGGGCCGUGACAAAAAACACGUCGAUUUGAAUGGUCGGUGGACGUGGAGACGUCAAUAGCGGCGCGCGCACGGAGGGGGAAGGACGAUAAAUCGAUGGGAAUUAUAAAAUUACACACCGCGCUCGUCCUCCGAGCCCGUCCGCCCUGGCGGUGGAUUGGCUCGGCUGCUCGCAGCGCGGAGAGUUGCUUCCCGUGGCGUUCCGGGAGGGAGUUCCGGGUGGGAGCUGUGCACGCGGGUGAUGCUGCGUGGCACGGGGAUGGGUGCGGUACGGGCAGCGGGGAACGAUCGAACCUCACGAGAGAGGCCUCUGCCCCUCGUUCUUUGACUCCUCCUCUCUAACACUCGCGACCCUAUUCCUUUUCUACUUGGGGUCCGUGUGAUCAAAGCGCUUAAACCUCGUGUUUCUAAAACCUCCCCGACUACACUAGUGAUCGACAACUCUUGGCGGGUGGUGGAGUUUACACGUUUUUGUUUAUUUUUUUGCGUAGGCAGUUUGUGGAUAGCGCGGGGGUUUUUUUUGACGGAAAUUGCCAACGUUUGCCUGUGAUGUAAAUAUAAUCCCCAAGCAUCUUCGCUUGGGGUUUGGACGGCCACCGCGGCCUCCGUGUUUAUUUUAUUUUAAUUUCCUUUAUAAAAAUGUAGACGCUGGCGCUGGUUUGAGUGAGACGGCGGACGUAGCGCGCGUUUUACUGGUGUUCAUAAUUGUGUAAUGUGCACGUCGACACUUUAAAGACUUAUUCUGCAUGUGUCGCACUUCGGACAAGGGUCUAUAGCCGAGCGAGAAAGAAACUGCGCCGAUUUGAAUGCCUCUGGCGCCGACGCUCGGACCCUGAUGUUGCAACGGCGAGCUCAGAAAUAGUAUUAUAAAAAAAACACUCGGACGUGCACAUUUGUAUUAUGAUGCCGAUGCAUGGUGAACACAAUUUUGCCAACGGAUCUUUGAAAACAACAACAAAAAUGUGAACACUCGAGUAUUUUUUAAAGAAAUGCCUUUCUGUGAAAACUAUUUGGGGCGGGCAGGGAGGGGGGGGUACAUGGCGCUCUUAAAUUGAAUCGUAGUUUACAAAUCUUUUUAUAGGGUUGUGUGUUCCCAUUUCACCAUAUAGUUUACAAACUCAGCUGUGUUCAACACGUGGCCAAAGCAACCCAAGGGUGCGUUACAUACGGCGACUAAGCACGCGCAUGUGUGCGCGCAUAACGGACCGGACAAAGCCAUCUCUAGGACGGACGGAUGGACACGAGCUUUUGGGUACAGGCAGGAGCAAAAGCUUCUCGUUGCGAAUGGGAGUGAACUGCCUGGUGGCUGCUGAGAGUGUACAUGCUGUGAAGAACUUCUCUCCCCCUUAGAACCGUUUAAUUGUUUUUCGUUUUGUACGGCCGCGUGGAACCGCCGACGCGGUCCCACGCGGCCGUCGUCCGUUUAGCUGUGGGUGCCGCCACUUGGGACGGAAACAACUUUCUACGACGCGGCAGUCUCAAAAGAGUGGCGACGUCUCCCCCUGUCCGUUUGAGGCAUUCCUUUUUUUUUUACAAAUGCUCCACCAUUGUAAAUCGUAAACAAAAAAAACACGUUUUAGUAGCUGUCCUCGCAUCCACCGUGGUUUAAGACCAGAGGACAAAUACUGCCACUUGAAUUUUGGCCUUUUUCCAUGGCACAAAGACUGCUUUGUACAAUAGUAUAGGCAUGCCAACAAGUGUAUUUUGUAAAAAAAAACCCGAAGGCCUUCUCUUGGUGUUUACUCUGCAGUUUGUGUCGAGUCUCUUCUUCUUCUUUGGCUUCGAAAACAAAUGCUUGUCCGCUUUGGACACUGUUGUUUUUUCGCCGUACGUGUUGUGCGUGUGCGAGAAAUGCCCAAGCAUAGCUGAAAUUGAAACCACACCUCCCUCUUUUCCGCCAGCCCACUCGACCUCCCCUCCCCCCCCUGCUUCCUCCCUUACUCUCUAUUAAGCACACGGUAGCUUAAUAAUUAAUUGCACUUACCUGAACCUGAGCGACAGCGGGUGGCGGGUGUUUUGGCGGCCUUGACCGCAUGAAAUAUUUUAGUGGGCAGCGCUGUGGGUGGGGGGGGGGAAGAGAGGAGGACGUUGGUGGCGUUACAAACACCACCCAGUGUGUGUUUUUGUUGCUUUCCAGAGGAAUACGCGGGCGGUCGAGCGGGGUGGGUCGAAAGUCGCGAGGUGUAUGGGGCAGGUCGCUGUAAUAUUUGACGGCUCCUGUGGUUGGUGUGAGGCGCGCGGUUUUGCACGUUGCCCCCCCCCCCACCACCACCACCCCGAGUGUCGUGCCUCGAACCUGGCCGUGCCAAGGACUGGCUUACGCCCGCGUUGUCGAAACGUCGGCCUGGUGCUUGUGCGGGCCGUGUGGUUUUGGGCAUCCUGAUUUAAUGAAGUCGCCGGCAAUUGACGUGGAAAUUAAUUGGUACGCCGCUAUGCGCUCUUCCUUUUUUUCCCUUGACUCGCUACCCGAAGCCCCCUCGCUCUGAGCGGUGAUCUCGUUUCCCUAAAGCACAACCAAAAGGGCCUGCGUCUAGACGAGAAGAAACAUAUGUGCACUCAGUAGGAUACACUACUGCUUUUGUGUAAAUCUCGGUGUGUCCCUUGUACAUAAUCUGUAAAUAACGUCUCUUUGUAUAGUGGCAGCUUAUUUCACUAGACACCUGUUUUUUGUUUGUUUGUGUGUGUGUGGAAUGGAAUCCGUUUUGCCUCAUGACCGGAACGCAUUUUUUUUAAAUGACCGCCUGACGUGAGUUGAGCAUGUUGCUAUGGCAUUGUUAUGGCAACGGACUUGACUUGAAUUGGCAAAAAGCUGCAGCUUUACGCGAAUGUAAAAAAAAUAAUAAUGUAAAACGUUAGAUUUGUUUUUCAACAUCGGUGAUCAUUAACGCUCCCCCCCCCCCCCCACCGUGUCAGGGUAAAAUUCCUGAAAAGGGCUAAAAUCGUAAAAUUUUACAGUGGUCACACCAAGUGCUGUUCACUCGAAAAAGAAAAAAAACCACAAUGCACAGUUUCUUUAUUUUGUUCAAACGUUGGUCUCUUUUCUUCCCUCGCGCUUGACAUCGUUGAAUCGCGCGUUCCUCCUUUGAUGCCCCUCGUGCCGCAUCAUCGAAGAAAAAAAAACACGGCGUUGAGAAGGAAAAAAAACUAUCACAGGGGGCCGUACUUGGAAGGCGCCAACCGUGCACUCUUUGAAUGGCUGGUCCAUUUUGUGAACUCCCGCGUUUGUCGCUCACGUGAAGUCCGGUUCACGUGUUGGUGGUGUUCCCCCGGUUUGUAAAACACACUUCCCGACCAAACCAACACCAACUCCCCCCCCCACCCCGGCACCGAUUUUGUAAGUACUUUUCAUAACACUGUAAACGUUAAUUGGUUUUGAACCAAUUUGGUCGGAUUUAUGUGUGUGAUUUCAAAUUUGUGAACAUUUUAUAUGAACGAUAACGUUAUCAAAAAAAAUGCAGAAGGUUAAAAACGAUUUGCAGGAAUUUGGUUCGCCAGCCAUGGUGUACAACAGAGUCGAUAAGUUUGCACAUUGUGGCUUUGAUUUAAUUUCCUCUCAUUUCUAGGCAGUGAGAUUCGGGCGGAUGUGUGUCAAACUCCUAGAUUAUUGACUGUUGCGAGUUUGUGAAGUUGAUUUCGAGACGUCUGCUUCACGGUAUUAAAAAAAACGUUGGAAAGGGGGUGGGCUGUGUAAUAGCAGCACUGCCUCUCAAGUUCUUCGCUUGUAAAAAGUAAAAAUAAGAAACCUGUAUGAAAACAUCUGAAUAACUCUCUUGAGGUUAGGCGCGUCAUUCGGUUGGACAGGCGUGUGAAUGUAGUAAAAUUACGGUUUCGUACUUCGCUGUGAACGGGCCAAUAAUUUACUUUAAAAAAAAUGUAAUUAUGUAAAGAAAUUAACCUGUCACGACCAUGAUGCCAAGUGUCUUGAUUAGAAGCUGUUUUUUUGCUCCAGUCAUGUUGUUUGUUGCAACAACGAAAAACACCCCGUUCAAGGCUGGAGGCCGAUUCAUUGAAUGAAGCUUUUGGCGGUGUGCUAUCAGGGGUUGUGAUUUUGCCGGUGUGUUUGUGAGGGGUUGUGAUUUCCCACCUCGUCCUGCGCGCGCGACGCGACCCGUUUUUAAGUUGCAGCUGCAUCUCUCCCGCCCGGUUCUUGCCCCCUCCCGCGCCCAUUCCGUGGUGUCGCGGCUACCCCGAUGCGCGAGGCCGCAAUGUCGCUCUGAUCGCUCCUCGCGCGCGCGUUUCCUAAACGACGGCCGCGCCGUCGUCCUCGUUGCAAAUUUCGAAAAGGCGAGACCGCCGCCUGCCCGCCCGCCCGCCCGCCCGCCCGCGCCUGGAGCUUUCGCCGAGGUGGAGUCAAGCUGACGACGGUGACGAAUUGAAGAGUGAAACUUUUUUUUGUUGUUGUUAGGAAGCUUUCCCAUUUUCUUUUGAUGUGCCAUAAUUCUUCGCCGCCGCCGCCGCCGCCGACGACGACUUCUUCUGCGUGCUGUUUUACAUUUCUGCUGAAGUUUUUUGAUGUUUUGCGUGCACUGACGUUGUGUUCUUUAAAAGCGGUACAGUAAAGAGAAAAUGAAACGAA